AUGACAGUUGUUAGAAAUAAACGCCUCUGCUUCAAUUGUUUGGGUACGCAUCAAGUGUCGAAAUGCAAAUCGCAGAAAAAGUGCAGAAAUUGUCAAAGGAGACAUCAUACAAGUAUUUGUCAGAAUACAGGCAGUACAGAACAGACACAAAACGGUACUAUAUAUUCAACAUCAGGUCCAAGUUCAGGUAUUACCCAAGUUCAUCAGCAAGCGGCGACUCUACAUACCUACGAUGACAUCACACGCAAACAGACGACAUCCUUACAAUUGUCUUCCAAUGUGCUACUGAAGACGGCUAUACCAACAGUUACUUUCGGCAUGUGUACAGCAGACACAAAUAUAUUAUUUGAUGAGGGAUCACAACGAUCAUUUAUUACGCAAAAUCAAGCAGAAAAGCUUAAACUUACAACAACGGGAACUGACACGAUACAUCUCGCAAGCUUCGGGAAUUCAACAAAUGAGGUCCGACAUUUGGAAACAACCAGAAUUUAUUUGAUCACAACUUCCGGUGAAAAGAUCCCGAUAGAUGUGUUGAUAGUGCCAACUAUUGCAGUACCUCUACAAAAUUACAACAGAAGUGUGACAAACCUCCAAUACAUAAAAGGUCUGAAACUUGCACAUCCAGUAACUGAUGACGAAACAUUUGAAAUACAACUACUUAUCGGCGCAGACUUUUACUGGAAGGUUAUUGAAGAUGAAGUGAUCCGUGGCUCGGGACCUACAGCUGUAAAAUCCAAGAUUGGAUACCUCCUCUCCGGUCCGGUUCCAUUUCAACCGUCAGGACGAAAACCUACAACCAAUCUAACUCUACAUGUUAUCACGCAAGCUCCGAACGAAAUCGAUUUAGAAAAAUUCUGGAAGCUUGAAAGCUUAGGAAUUGAACAUGAUGACUCUGAAUACGACAAAAUGGAUUACGUGAGUACAUAUCAAGAGAAUUCCUUCACGUUUACGGGUAAGAGAUACACAGCCGAGUUUCCAUGGAAAUUAGAUAGCCCACCUCUACCUACAAACUAUGACAUAGUGAAGCGCAGAACUGGAAACUUAUUAAACAAGUUACGUCAAGACCCAGUUACAUUGAACCAUUACAAUGCUAUAAUAAAAGAUCAGAUAAAGAAAGAAUUCAUAGAAGAAGUCAUGCCUACAGAUGAACCCGGAAAGAGAGUACACUACAUUCCCCAUCACGCCGUGAAUAAGGAAUCUUCGACAACACCCAUACGCGUUGUGUACGAUUGUAGUUGUCGGAUGUCACGAAACCACCCGAGUUUAAACGAUUGUCUGCAAUCUACACCACCGCAACUCAACGACUUGACAGCCAUAUUAGUUCGAUUUAGAUUUCACAAAUUUGCAGUUGUUAGUGAUAUCGAGAAGGCGUUUCUACAUGUGGGACUACACGAGAAGGACCGAGAUGUCACACGAUUUUUAUGGCCUUCAGAUCCAACUAAUCCCGACAGCCCAUUGAAAACAUACCGUUUCAAGUCCGUACUUUUCGGAUCAGUUUGCUCCCCUUUUAUAUUAAAUGCAACAAUACUGAAGCAUCUACAGAGAAACUGCGACAAUUGGAUCAGCGAAAAACUGUGCAAGGAUCUGUAUGUAGACAACUUCUUGUCCAGUUUUGAUAAGGAAGCAGACGUAUUAAGAUAUUUUCGGGAGUCACGUGAUCUAAUGUCAGCUGCAGGAUUUAAGCUACGAUCGUGGAAUUCAAACAGUAUCUUGCUCAGGGAAAUGGCGACACAUCACAAUUUACUGACGAAGAUAAAGUAA